UCUUUAGCGAAGGUGAGCUCGCUGAAACGUGCUCGAUGAGCGAUCGUAGCUAAAAUUCUGAAUACGUCUUGAUGUUUAAAGUUUCAUAAAUUUCAAAUAUUACAAUGUCAGCACUUAUGUCUAAAGCAUCUAUGUCAGUUUUGGCUGCCGUUGCCGGUACACUUUUCGUUUCUUAUUGCAUCUAUUUUGAUCGUAAGCGACGCUCAGACCCGGAAUUCAAGAAAAAACUAAAAGAUAAACGCAAACGCCGAACGAAUGUUUCAAAAGAUGGAUCUACAGCUCUUCCAGAUCUGAAAGAUCAUGAGGCUGUUCAACAAUUUUUCCUUCGUGAGGUGCAACUUGGGGAAGAAUUAUUGGCCCAAGGUGAAAUUGAGGAGGGAGUGGAACAUUUAAGUAAUGCAGUUGCCGUUUGUGGUCAACCCCAACAGUUACUUCAAGUUCUCCAACAAACUCUGCCACCUCAAGUUUUCCGUCUACUUCUCGAGCGUCUACCAGUUGUUGGACAGAGGCUAAUGGCGAACGCGGCUCAGUCUGGAUUAGGAAUGGCCGAAGAUGAUGUUGAAUAGACAAAUAUAAUUGGUAGGGUCUUUGUUAAACUGAAGUUCAAUUACAUUGUCUUGGUAGUUAUGUUUUCAGUAACUACUCAUCUGUGUAGCAGUUAGUAAUCACAUUUCGAAACCGAAGGAAUAAAAGUGAAUAAUGUCGAAAA